CCGCCCUCCACGCCCCGUCCCCCGUCUCAUUCUUCUUCUCCAUCUGUGUCCUGUCGCUACGCUCGAAGGAGAGGAAGAAGACGACACUCGCGCUCGCCGGCGCCUAGUCGCGAGUGCCUUCAAUCUUCUGCAGGCGAUUAGGAAGGCAGCUUGUUAUCCAACGAGCGAAAGGUCUGUCGAGGACUUGCGACCUGUUUUCUCCCCUCGCAGUGAUGGAGCAUAAUUGAAAUUUGGAAAUGGGACUUCCAGGCACGUCGUAAAACAGGAAAUUCAAACCACGGAAAAUACUGAGAAUUUCCGCUUUUUGUUGCAAAUCAUCGAACCGCAGUCUUGUGGUUUUCCUGCAAGUACUCUGGACUCUCAAUAUCGUGAUUACACUACGAACGAGAAUGAAGAUACGGUUGCGGUAGGACGCCAUUGCAAGUUCCCCGAGGCUUUCAAGAAUUAGUAAAUCACGAGGCAGGUUACACAGGAUGUCAGAAAAGACGCAGGGCUAAUAUUACCGAGUGACGACGAGUGUAGCGCCAUGCAUUACACUGGUGGACAAUAUGUCCUGCUGUGAAGUGAUGGAAGACUCAGUUGUUGACUUGACUAUGUAAUCUUUCCGAAGAUAAGCUAUGACGAUGUGCAGCGGUAUUUCCUGAAUCCGAGCUUCUUCUCGAAAUUGCGAAGUUUACCACUGUGACUCAUUUACGGGGCCAAUUUACGAAGCAUCGGUAAACAGAUGUGAAUUCAAACAUCUGUCACGUUGCACGUGAAGCUAACAUUUCAGCCUGCUCACAUUUCGCGGACCAGGACAGCGUCUUUUGAAAAGCAAGUUCUGACAGGAACGAAAGUUGCGGUUAAAGCCUAUUGAACGUGAUGGAAAACGGGACGUCAGAACGAGAGCGCAGUGGGGAGAACAAAAUAAUUAACUUAAGGGCUUCUAUGACACCAGGGGCUUCCAUUGAUCACUUUACGCAUGCCAAUAGCGGAGGACGGAGCUUACCUUUCGCUGUCGUAACUUCUUCUGGUCAGGAUGAAGACUAUCCUGCCAGUGAGCUCAAUAAGGGGAUUCAAGGUCGAGGUUGGCAGAGUUCAAGAUUUUGCUUCUACCCACAGGAGCUCACUUUGGAACUUCAGAGACCAUCCCGAAUCAUUAACAUGCAACUUCUUUGUCAUGAAUUCAAGAUUCCAUCUAAAGUAGAGGUGUUCGUCAGUCUGACGACCCCAUGGAUCCACAACGAGAAGGCUGUGAAUCAGAUGAAGCGCCUUGGAUAUCUAUCGCUUGACCCUAACGAUCGGAGUGGGCAUCAAGCGAGGGAGCUGAAAAGUAUUCACGUUGAUGCACCAGCAGCAGUCAUACGACUUGUCCUUCAUAACUGUUACAACAAUAAGCUCAAUGCAUAUAACCAGGUGGGUUUAGUGGCCCUGAUCAUAACAGGUGAACCUCUCGAUGAGCAUCAACUUUUACAAAUCAGGCAACGUGGCUACUCACCUCUGCUGCAGACUCCAAGGAUACAGGUUCCCAGCAGCAAGGUGGUUGAUGCCAACCUUCAUGCAGUAGAUUCAUUUACAGCUGCUCGUAUUCACAGGGUCACAAUUGUGCCCAUCUCCGUGAAGUCAGGCCAUACUGGUUUGUUCUUGCAGCUUCAGAAGGAGAAAGUAACUGCUGUUCAAGACGAAGAUUACGAUGAGGCUAAACGACUCAAGAACUUGAUUGAAAGACUAAAGGGUCUGGGAGAACAAAUCAAACAACUUGAGCUACGAAAACGAGCUGCUGUUGAGAUGGAAGAUUAUGAUGCCGCGAAGUCUUGCAAGCUGGAGAUUGAAAGAUUGAGACAGUGUGAUGGAACCGGACAGGACAGUUUGAGCUACGUGAGUGAGAACCCAGAUAGCUCAUCGAAACAUUCUGAUGUCUCGACGAGUGAUAACAACUAUCCCAAGAUACUUCCACGAGAGGAAAUCUUCAUGAGCAUGGACCAUCAAGCGAUGGUCAUGGACAGCUCAGCAGAGAACUAUGAAGACAAACGUAGUGGGCGCAUGGAAGGCGACAAUUCCACAAACGAGAUAGUCGUUCGCGCUAAGACUGCUUGUGAUCCACAGAAUUCUAUUCCGACGAUUCAAGCUGGAGAGAAACGAUCAGGAGUGCUCUCUACCGUCUUUCCUUGGUGGAAAGGAAAAGAAGUGUUGCGACACUCUGAUGAAGACGUGAAACCUGCUAUCUUGCAUGCACCUCAUGUGGAGUACUAUGCAAGCACCAGUCAGCACAAACCGAUAACUCUGUACCCUCAAGUGGAACAACAGUACGCCAGUACUAGUCAGCAGAAAAAUACAACCCUCCAUCUUCCUCAUGCCGAUAUUCACGCAAGCAAUGGUACCCAGAAAACUGCAUCCCUCCAUUUAGCUCACGUUGAACAGUAUGCGAGCUUUAGUAACCAGGCAACAACUCAUCCUCCUGAGGAACAAAACUUUGGAAAACCUGAUCAGCAGAUUGGUGUGAUACAUCCCCAUGCGGAGCCCUUUCAGCAGAGUGCCUCAACGUAUCCUCCUUUGGAUUAUUCUGGAAAGAUUGCUAAUCAUAGUACCAUAGUGGACUCUCCAGUGGACGAUCAUUACAAGACUGGGCAUCAACAACUAUCUACUCUGCAUUCCUCUACUGACCAGUACGAGAAAUCCGGCCAGCAUAAUGGGGAUCUACAUCCUCCAGUCGACCCGCACCCUAAAUUUGCAAAUAUCGAACCAGAACCCAAAGCAGCUUUACAUAAUUUCCCUUUUUCUGGCUCAGUCCCUGAACAAAAUGGCUCACAGACAACACACGAUCACGAUACUAGUGUACCAGAGCCUCUUACUGACGCUUUGAGGGGUGAAAUGGGCCCUUUAUUGGGCAUCCUCGACUUAUAUUACGUAGAAUGCCUUUGUAGUAAGCAGUGGCAGCUGCGGGAUAAAGCGCUGCAGCACAUUGUGAAAUUGCUUCAAUCCAGGGGUAUCACUGGUGACCCUUCAUCUAACCUAAAACUUUUGGACCUUGUUGUGCUUCGAGCAAUCAAUGACAGGGUGCCCAAUAUCUACUACGGUUCACUCCAUCUACUGAAAGAAUACGUUACAAAGUACUCUGGGGAGGUUACACCCAGAGAAAUUCAGCAUAGUGUAGCUGCGUUUGUAACCAUUCUUCUUGAUAAAUUGGGAGAAUCGAAUGUUCGUAUAAGAGAUGCAGCCUCCGAGACGCUCACAUUCCUGGCCUCCAAACGAGAAGUUGGCCUGCAUAUUGUGGCCCAUCAUAUGCUGAAGACGCCGAAGAGUCAGUCCAUUUGGAGGCCAGUAUUUGGUCGCUUGCAGUGGUUAUUGGCUGCAAUACCAGUGUUUGGAGUGCAGCCCAACAGCAAGACGGGAUUUAUGUCAGAGGUCUUGAUGUCUUUUGUCCACCAAGCGUUUACCAGUCCCAACGGAGAAGUUAGAAAUGCAGCAGUGAAGGUGACUACCGAGGUGUAUAAAUUGAUGGGAGCUACUGUGGAAAGAUAUCUGAAAGGAAUAAAGCCAAUUAUACGAGAGGUGCUAUUGAAUAGUUUCCAGAGGUUUGCAAUGGAUACUCGAACUCUGGAUGAUUGCAACCCGCUAACUUAUGAGGAGUUGGAUAACAUACCCAUAAUCAGAAGGUCACAGAAGACAACUUCCUUGAUGUCUGACGUGGACUCGCAUCCCAUGGAACCAGCCGUGAAGAAACCCAGAGACACGGGGCUACAUUCGAUGGUUGUUGAUCAGCAGGAACGGCUUUCUAAUGGUCAUGACGACCAGCACAUUCAUGUGGCGAGGAGGGGAGUGCAGAAGAGGUGGUCUUGACGACAUUGCGAGCAUCCGAUCAGUCACCUUGGUUAGAAGCUGAUACAGAAGCGUCAUAUGCUUCCCAUACUGAAACAGCCCAAGGGAAUGACGAAGUCCAGAUGCAAGCAGAAAAGGACGACUGGGCAGACCAGUGCCUGUUUUGUGGAAAGCAAGACCCGUCUUUUCUGAAUGGAGAUACUUUAGACUUACACUUCUGCCAGAGAUGUCCAAUGCUUGUUGGUUGUGGAAACUGUAAGCAGAUUGUAGAGAUUGCUGCCCUGAAAGAGCACUACCUGUAUGAGUGCACAUCCGGAAGAAGGUAUGUACAGUGCUUGAAAUGCUCACAAGCGGUUCCUGAAGUCAGAUUGACAUCUCAUCUCAGAAGCAAAGAGUGCCGUCAUGGGAAGCAUCACAAGGCUUACCGUUGUCCUCUAUGCCACCACACUGUGCAACCAGGCGAUGCUGGAUGGAGAGAGCAUCUGCUCAAGCCUCCCGGUUGCUCAAAAAAUCCACGAACGAAAAUGAAAAUGAAAUCCUAAUUCUAGACUCUUGACUUCUUCUUUCUUCGUGUUUACUGAGUCUUUUCUGGCUAGGUGAUAGACUUGAGGCAAAGUCUGACUCACAUCGAUCAUGUAAGCUGUGAUAUCAAGUUGUAUAUAUAGGAGAGGUUACUUGCUGACUGAAGGGCCGACCGUUGCCCAACGACAUUUAUCUUUGUAUAAAAUUUUUGAUUCUGGAUUUGA